AUGGCGAACGAGGGCGAGCAGUCAACCUCCGCCGACAAGGGCAAGGGCAAGGUUGAAGAUGUCCGCGAGUUGAACGGCAAGAAGCCUCAAACCGACGAGAAGGCAUCAGCGGAGGGAAAGAAGAAGGAUGAGGAGCCGCAAGAAGAAGAGCUCAGUGAAGAAGACCAACAAUUGAAGAAUGAGCUUGAGAUGCUUGUUGAGCGGUUAAAGGAACCGGACACUUCGCUUUAUGGGCCCGCCUUGGAUGCGAUCAAGAACUUCAUCAAGACCUCGACUUCCUCCAUGACCGCCGUCCCGAAGCCGCUCAAGUUCCUCCGACCGCACUAUGAUGAUCUGACAGCACUGUACGAGAAGUGGGCAGCAGGUUCGGUGAAGGAUUCCUUGGCCGAUAUGCUCUCCGUCCUGGGUAUGACCUAUGGGGAUGAGGAGAAGCUGGAGACAAUCAAGUACCGCUUGUUGGCCAAGUCGGAAGACCUGGGUUCAUGGGGCCACGAAUACGUCAGACACCUGGCGCUGGAGAUUGGACAGGAAUACCAGAACCGCUUGAACGCGGAGAACGACACCCAAGAUCUGGUGGACCUUGCCUUGUCGCUGGUUCCCUACUUCCUGAGCCACAAUGCCGAAGCGGAUGCAGUCGAUCUUCUCAGUGAACUCGAGAUUAUCGAGGAAAUUCCUCGGUUUGUGGAUGAGAACACCUAUCCCCGUGUCUGCCUGUACAUGGUCAGCAUGGUCAACCUCCUCACUUACCCCGAAGACCAGCAGUUCUUGCGGACUGCGCACGAGAUCUACGUCCGCUACAACAAGCUCUCGCAGGCAAUUGUACUUGCCAUCCGUUUGAACGACGUCGAACUCAUCAAGAGUGACAUCAACGCGACAACCGACGUGGCUCUCAAGAAGCAGAUGGCGUUCCUGGUCGCUCGGCAGCAGAUCUGGCUUGAUUUGCCUGCUGAGGAUGAGGAAGGGGAGGCUUUGAAUGACUGCCUGAACAACACAUCGAUCCCCAAGCACUUCAAGUCUCUUGGAAAGGAGCUGAAUAUCUUGGAGCCAAAGAUGCCCGAGGAUAUCUACAAGACACAUCUAGAGAGCAGCCGGGGAGCAGGCUUGACCAAUCUCGACUCAGCUCGACACAACCUGGCUAGUGCCUUUGUCAACUCCUUUGCGAACGCCGGCUUUGGCAACGAUAAGAUGAUGCUUGUUGAGGGUGAUAAGGGCACGUGGGUGUGGAAGACAAAGGAUGAUGGUAUGCUGUCGACGACCGCAUCCUUGGGUAUGCUUCUGCACCGGGAUGUGGAGGAUGGCUUGGACAAGAUCGACAAGUUCACCUACGCGUCGGAGGACCAGGUCAAGGCCGGUGCACUCCUUGCCAUUGGUAUCCUCAACUCUGGUGUUCGGCUCGACUCUGACCCUGCCCUCGCCCUGCUGAGCGACACAGACAACUUGGAAGCGAAGAAUGUGCCCAUGCGGGUGGCUUCGAUUAUGGGACUUGGCUUGGCUUAUGCUGGGUCGAACAAGGAGGAACUCCUUGAGAUCCUCCUUCCCAUAGUGGAAGACUCCUCGCUAGACAUGCAGCUGUCUGCCAUGGCCGCGGUCUCAUUGGGUCUCAUUUUUGUUGGGUCGUCGAAUCACCAGGUCAGCGAGGCGAUCGCUACAACCCUCAUGGAUGAGGAACGUCAGAAGCAGCUCAAGGACAAGUGGACGCGGUUCAUGGCCCUUGGUCUGGCACUGCUAUACUUUGGCCGACAGGAAGAAGUCGACGUCAUUCUCGACAUCCUCAAGGCGGUCGACCACCCCAUGGCUAAGCCCACAUCCGUCUUGGCCUCGGUCUGCGCGUGGGCUGGCACUGGUACGGUACUGAAGUUGCAGGAGCUUCUCCACAUCUGCAACGACCUCAUCGAGGAAAAGGAAGAGAACAAGGGUGAUGAGCUUGUCCAGUCCUAUGCUGUGCUCGGCUUGUCCUUGAUUGCCAUGGGUGAGGAUGUUGGUCAGGACAUGAUUCUGCGCCAGUUUGGCCAUCUCAUGCACUACGGCUCGAGCAACAUCCGCCGCGCUGUGCCGCUUGCCAUGGGUUUGAUCAGCCCCAGUAACCCGCAGAUGAAGGUGUAUGACACCUUGUCGCGGUACAGUCACGACAACGACAACGACGUCGCCAUCAACGCCAUCUUCGCCAUGGGUCUUUGCGGUGCGGGCACCAACAACGCCCGUCUAGCCCAACUCCUGCGACAACUGGCCAGCUACUACCACCGCGACCAGAACUCGUUGUUCAUGGUCCGCAUUGCCCAGGGUCUCCUGCACAUGGGCAAGGGCACCAUGACGCUCAACCCCUUCCACACCGAUCGCCAGGUGCUCUCCCGGGUUUCGGCUGCGGGUCUCCUCACCGUGCUGGUGUCCCUGAUCGAUGCUAAGCAAUUCAUCCUCGCCGAACACCACUACCUUCUCUACUUCCUCAUCACUGCCAUGUUCCCACGGUUCCUCGUUACUCUUGAUGAGGAUCUGCAACCACUCACCGUCAAUGUCCGCGUGGGUCAGGCCGUGGACGUGGUCGGCCAGGCUGGUCGCCCCAAGACCAUCACUGGGUGGCAGACACAGAGCACGCCGGUACUGCUGUCGUAUGGUGAGAGGGCUGAGCUGGAGGAUGAGCAGUAUAUCCCUCUCAGCAGCAUCCUGGAAGGCUUGGUUAUUUUGCGCAAGAAUCCGGACUAUGAAGCUCCCGAGUAG